AUGGCCAACACUCUCAACAUGAGCGGACAAAAAUACGUCGUUGUUCCUGUCCAAGCGGAUGGGACACAUGAAUUGGAUCAGAAACAGACUACAGCUGCCAAUGCACUUGGUAUGUCUUCUGGGGGUACCGAUAUGUCCGGCAUGGGCCAGGAUGAUGUACGAAAUGGUCCAUUGAAGGAGAUUAUGUCCCACCGAGACAGUCUCUACAAGUAUAUCAACUGGGAAGAUCCCGUCCACUCAAUCGGCUCAUACCUUGGCCUCCUAGGCAUCCUGGUUGGGGCUCACUAUCUACCUUUGACACAACUGGCCCUAAAGCUCGCAGCUACCGGGCUUGGGGCUGUUUGGGUCACAGAAUAUGCCGGUAGAGCAUUUGGCGACAAUACUCUUGUUGCUCGACUACGACCAAAGGAGUACAGAAGACUGCCAGAGUCGACGCUCAACGCUACCUUGAAGGACAUCCAUGAUUUUAUCCAGUAUGCCGUUGUACAAGCUCAAAGAAUCAUGUUUGGGCAGGACCUUGACAAAACCUUUACUGCUCUACUAGGAUGCACCAGCUUGUUCUGGCUUCUGAAAGUCAUGUCCCCAUUUUCUAUGGCUAUUCUUGGCUUGACCUCAAUGUACAUUAUUCCUCUCAUGACCUCUCCUCGAGGUCGCGAGCUGGCUUAUGAUGCGAGAGUACAUGCUGGAGAAUUGGCCAACACUGCUGCUGAAAGUAGCGUGAGACUUGGGAAAGAUGGUAAAGAGAAACUCACAAGGCUGUCGGUUAGCGGGCGCGAUGCAGCUUUGGACGCAAAACGAGCGCUGGGCGAAAAGUUCCAAAGCGGGAAACGUAACACGGCAGAAACGGCCACAAACGUCAAAGAUACCACCGUGGACACGGCUAAAGGUGCCGCAGAAACAAUUGGAGACAAGACGCAGAGCGGUUUGAAUGCGGCCGGAAACAUGUCCUCCAACGCCAAGGAGGCAACCAUGAGUACAGCCAGCAGCGCAAGUAAGAAUAUCGGGGACACGGUACAGAGUGGAACACAAAGAGCAUUCGACCUAACCACGGGUGCCAAAACUGCCACUGUGAACGCAUCUCAUAGCACUGCUGAGACUGCCAAGAAAAUGCCGACUAUGGGUGCCGACGCGGUCAGUAACGCUGCCGGGAAGGUCAGCUUUGCCUUGGGCGGCGAGAAGCAGACUGGCAGCAAAAAUCCGUUCAGAACCAGCGGCGAGUUCCACGACGAGCUCCACAGUGACAACUACGUCUUGGCUCACAACAAGAACGUGACCACUGACAUGAGACACACGGGGGCAUAUGACAGUCCUAGGACUCUUCUCAACCAGGGUGUAACCAACAUACCUCGCCCAGUGGAGAGCAGCACGCAGCAACCAGUUAAACAUGUCAGUCACUAG